AUGGUUGUUGACACGGUAGAGCUUGAGAUGCUCGAGCAUGGGACCUUCACCGAAAGCGACAUGUUCUUAGAUGCUCCUUUUUUUGGCGAGGGGAUUCACGACCCAGCUGUCCUCACAGCCUAUGUGGAUCACUACAGCAGGCUGAAUGCCGCUACUGCUGCUGCAUCGCAGCCGCUUACCUCCUAUACGGCCCAUAGCAGUCCUCGGUUCCAGCCUGAUACGUCCUCGGAAAAUUCCUUUCUUCAGGCUAUUAAUGAGAUGAUGGUUAACCUGGGAUCGGAUGAAGGUGCAGAUGUGGAUAAAGAAGGUCUACCUCCUCUCUUAGGUCCGAUACCACCAUCGGCAGAUGACGAGGAAGCUGCCAAAGACGUUGGGAUCCUGGAUGACAAUGAUGAGGAUAACACAGAUGAGUUUGUCCAUGGAGCGGGCAAUCCUAUCUCUGCUCCGGAGGGCUGGGAAGAUGUUUCCCGACGUCCAGCAGAUGACCACUGGGAUGCGCUCAUAAGUAGUCAAAACUGGGAAGAGGUCGAUCCAUUCGAACCACACUUCGAGAUACACAAUAUAUCGACUGCCGACCUUCUCGUCUUACUGCUCGUCGCACCUGGGACAGCACUUCCUUUCAUGACACUCAAGACUGCAAAUCAAAUCCUGGGGCUCGACCUCGAGACAAUACUUAGCAUCGAGGGCUCAGAGGACUUGCUGAAUGAGUGGCGGAAAGUCGCGCGCAAAGACAGAGUAUACCAAGACAUCUUCGAUGGUGCGAUAGCAAAAACACUUCGUGGACCAGAUGGGAAGCCAUUUUUCGCUAAUGAAGGUGUACAACAUGUCAAGGGACCUGAUAACGAGCUACGCAUUGGGCUGUCAUGGGCAAUAGACUGGUUUUCCUACCGGCGUUCUUUGAUAUCGCCAUCACAUUCAUCUUGCCCAACAUCUUUCUCCAUCAGCAACCUGCCUCCGGAGUAUCGUUACCGAACAAGCAAUCUUAUGCUCACAAGCAUUUUGCCGGGUCCAAAGGAGCAGACCGGAGAUCAAGUUCAGAGGUUCAUACGUCCUAUUGUGAGCGACCUUCUGCGAUUGUGGAAGGAUGGUAUAGUUGUCAAGACGCCAUCUUCGCCUGAAGGGCGACGUGUACAUGUGGCAUUGUUAGCCGUUGUGUGCGACAAACCGGCAGCUCACAAGAUUGGGGGUUUCGGUAGUCAUUCCCAUACAUACCCAUGCACUCAGGAUUGGAUAACAAAGCAGGACAUCGGGACACCAAAAGCAUUUGAAAAGAAUGCAUUUGAGCCUCGCACAGACAAGAAGCAACGAGAGCUGGGUGAACGGUACCGUAACUUGAAGACGGAGAAGGCGCGCACUGAUUUCGUGCGCGCUCAUGCAACACGCUACACGGAACUCUCGCGUCUUCCUUAUUUUGAUCUUGUUCGCCAAAUUGUGAUAGAUCCAAUGCAUAACUUAUUCCUAGGACUAACGAAGUCUCACUUCUAUCAUAUAUGGGUACAGAAGGAUAUUCUGCGCGAGAAUCAUGAACUUAGAAUCUUGCAUGAGAUGCUUCAGGAUUUCUCACUACCUAACUGGACGGGAAGGCUUCCAACGGACAUUGGUAUGCCUGCCGGAGGGUCUUUGACCGCGGACCAGUGGAAACUUCUGGUGAUCACGCAGGCACCAAUCAUUAUCCCUCAGCUAUGGCGAAAUUGCCUACCGAAGAAUCCUCAAGCAUUUCUCCAAGAUCGCGUGGCACAAAUUGCUGCUGAAGAGAAGAAGCAAGCCGAAGAUCGAAAGAAAGCCGCUGAAGAACACACUCGCAAGAAAGCAGAGAAGGAUGCGGCAAAGGCCGCUGGUAAAACUAAGAAACCAAGAUCACCACAAACCGCGAAUAUAACUGAACGCACAGCACUUAACGCGCUGCCUGCAAUGGGAGCGGCAGAUGAAGUCGUGCCACCAUUGUCAUCUGGCCCGAACAGCACAUCGACUUCAAAAAUCAAAACUUGCCAGUUACAUCCUGACGAUCCCGCCAAUUUCCUUAAGCUUUCCGAGACGUUGUGCAGGCUCACCGCAGAUAUUCUCAUUGAAGAGGAUCUCCCCAUUGUUGAUCACUUGUUACGUGAAUACUCCACCGAGUUGAUCAGAUUGUAUGGCAAGUCCUCUGUGAAGACCAACAAUCACUACUCAAUUCACACCACUGAUUGUGUACGCAGUUUCGGCCCACUACGCGAUUUUUGGAGCUUUCUGUACGAACGACUCAACAAGGUAUUGAAAUCGUAUAACUCGAAUAACCAUGGUGACGGUGAACUUGAAACCACAUUUUUUGGAGAAUUCCAUCGCACAGCUGCCUCAGCGAGAGUGGUCAACUUCAUGGCUCAUGAUGCAAGUGGCGGCCCUCACAUUCAGCGUCUUGGCCACAUGAUGCUGAAGGCAACACAUGAUGGACGUGGGACAGUCGCAGGUCUUGCAGCAUGGGCCAAAGAAGCCGACCAGGACUCAAGUGAAGGCGCGUGCGAGCCAAUAUGGGAUCAAUUCACGCAUCUCAAUGUGCAGCUUUGGCAUCUGGAGGAGUAUCUGCCUGUCAACGAGGCUGUACCAGUGAUCAUUGAGCUUCCGCAGAUCAAGGGCCAUCUUGCCAGGAUGACGGUGACUGUGGGCUCAGCAGAUGUGAAACUUUGGGCAACCGUGCCAUUAGAUAACUCUUCCCGCGACAAACGAACAGCAUUGAUUUCAUAG